GGCUUUAAAAACUGCAGACACGCUGCUGUCUCCAAACUGCCUGGGGAGGGAUGUGCUGAAGUGUCGGAAUGAAACACCAGCUUCUCCUGAUCUCCUUCUUCUGUCUCCUUUCCAAGCUGUACGCUCAGCGUUGCCAAACUCCAUGCUAUUGCCCCUGGAUCCCUCCACAUUGCCCUCCAGGCUCCUCCUUAGUUCUGGACGGAUGUGGCUGCUGCACCGUAUGUGCCCGCAGGCUAGGAGAGCCCUGCAACUAUCUUCAUGUGUGUGAUCAGAACCAGGGGCUCACCUGUGACUACAGUAUCACCCCUGCGAGGAGAGGAGGAAUCUGCACUUAUGAGGAGGGAGACGAUGACAACUGCGAAGUGAAUGGGAAAAUCUAUCGGGAUGGAGAAGUGUUCCAGCCCAGCUGUAAGCUUCAGUGCCGCUGCUCAGGAGGUGGCUUCACAUGCAUCCCCCUCUGCAAGGAGGACGUUCGCCUGCCCACUCCAGACUGUCCCUAUCCAAAGCGUGUGGAGAUCUCAGGAAAGUGCUGUCCAGAAUGGAUUUGUGAAAGUCAAGAGAGACAGAAUUUGCCGGAUGCAAUGGCAGCGCAAAGGCUGCCCGCAAUCACAUCAGUCGCUGCUCCCUAUCCAUGUGACGAAUGGAGCACUGCGUGGUCAGCCUGCUCUUCCAGCUGUGGCAUCGGCAUUUCCACACGAGUGUCUAACCAGAAUCCAUACUGCAGGCUUGAAACUCAGAGGCGUUUCUGCAUCCUUGGACCCUGCCAGGGUCUCAUGGGAAGGACUAGCAUGAGAAGAAGAGGAAGCCGCCUGUAAACUGGAUCACUCCAUUCAGAAGUUGAUAUCCUGGCUUUAACCCAGCAAUUAGAUCAUGACAAGCCCAAGCUGCUCCCAUCUCUGCCGCGAGGAAAGAACCACAAAGAAACGGAAAGCAGAACUGACCGGCUUCAGCUGGGAGAGAAAAAAAACGAAAGAGCAACUUCUCAGUGCAGCUGAAGUCUGUCUUCCUCCUUGAUUCCACUGCAAUUAUGUUAGACAAUGUUAUUGCUCUGUGAGAAAAAAAACAGACCAUUUGUUUUCAUAACAUACUAUACUGAUGAGUUUAUUGCCAGCUUGUGGUGACUAUUAUAAAUCCAUCCAUUGGGGGAAUGAUGCUUUGCAGCUACAGUAAUUCAGGGAACUGUGCCCUGCUCUUUUAUCUGCAUUAUCUCUUCACUGAAGAAUAAUUCUGGGGACCUGCAGAUGAGGCAGUCAUACAUUGCUCAAAGUAGGAUGUUGUUAUGGCUAGAAAUAAAUAAAUGCAACCAUG